AUGUUCGCAAAGUCCUUCCUCCAGAGAGCCACCACCGCUCGUCUCCCCACCCUCUCCGCCGCCGCUCGCUUGAACGGUCUCCGCGCCACCGCCGUCCGCUACAACUCGCGCUCGUCGUACAAUGCCCACGUUGCCGGUUUGACAGAGGAGCAAGAGGAGUUCCGUCAGGCCGUGAACCGUUUCUCUACUGAGGAGCUUGCUCCCCGCGCUCAGGACAUUGACCGCGAGAACACUUUCCCCAUGGAUAUGUGGAAGAAGUUUGGAGACAUGGGUCUCCUCGGAAUCACCGUCCCUGCCGAGUACGGUGGUUUGGGUCUUGGAUACCUUGAGCACACCAUUGCCAUGGAGGAAAUCUCCCGCGCUUCGGGAUCAGUUGCUCUCUCGUACGGUGCCCACUCCAACCUUUGCGUCAACCAGAUUAACCGCAACGGAAGCGAUGCCCAGAAGAAGAAGUACUUGCCCAAGCUGAUCUCGGGUGAGCAUGUUGGUGCGUUGGCCAUGUCGGAGCACACCUCUGGCUCGGAUGUUGUCUCGAUGAAGCUUACUGCCGAGAAGAAGGGUGACAAGUACAUUUUGAACGGAACCAAGUUCUGGAUCACCAACGGACCCGAUGCUGAUACCUUGGUUGUCUAUGCCAAGACCGAUCUCAAGGCCGGUCCCAAGGGCAUCACUGCCUUCAUUAUUGAGAAGGGCAUGAAGGGCUUCUCGCGCGGCCAGAAGCUCGACAAGUUGGGCAUGCGUGGCUCCAACACCUGCGAGCUCAUCUUUGAGGACUGCGAGGUCCCCGCCGAGAAUGUCCUCGGAAAGGAGGGCAAGGGAGUCUAUGUCCUCAUGUCUGGUUUGGACUAUGAGCGUCUCGUCCUCUCUGGAGGACCCCUCGGUCUGAUGCAGAACGCCCUCGACAUCACCUUGGACUAUGUCCACCAGCGCAAGCAGUUUGGUCAGGUUAUUGGAGAGUUCCAGUUGCUCCAGGGCAAGGUUGCUGACAUGUACACCAAGCUCAACGCCUCGCGCGCAUACGUCUACGCCGUUGCCCGUGCCUGCGACAGCGGCCACAGCUCCAACCGCGACUGCGCCGGUGUUAUCUUGUACUCUGCUGAGCGUGCCACCGAGGUGGCCCUUGAUGCCAUCCAAUGCUUGGGCGGUAACGGAUACAUCAACGACUUCCCUACUGGCCGCAUCUUGAGAGAUGCCAAGCUCUACGAGAUUGGUGCCGGUACCUCUGAGAUCAGGAGGAUGUUGAUCGGACGCGAGUUCAACAAGGACUACAAGAACUAA